GUCUCAACUUUGCUAAAGUCCAAGCCCGGGGCUGUGUCACAGCCUGCGUGGAAGCCACGGGGGUGCUCAGGCUGCAUAAAUAGCGCGGGGAGCUGCCGGCUCGGCAGGUACCACAGCUGUGGCAGCACAGGAGUCCCCAGUGCUCAGGAUGGCACCCAAGGUGGCCGCCCUUGUCCUGGUGCUCCUCGCAAUCUCAGGGGCACGGGCUGACGUGAACCCUGAUGAGGUGGCCAGUGUGAUCUGGAAGUACUUCACAGAGCUGGGCAGCAAUGCCAAGGAGACGGUGGACCAGCUGCAGCAGACCGAGCUCACCAAGCAGAUCAACACCCUCCUGAAGACCAACCUGCAGAGUGUCAGCGCCUAUGCCGAGGACCUGCAGGAGAAGCUGGUGCCCUUUGCCACCGAGCUGCAGGCACGGCUGGCGCAGGACUCGCAGCGGCUGAAGGAGCAGAUCCGGCGGGAGCUGGCGGAGCUGCAGGCCAAGCUGGCGCCCUACGCCGACGAGGUGCACCAGCAGAUCGGCACCAACAUCCGCCAGCUGCAGGCCAAGAUGAGCCCCUACGCCGAGGAGCUGCGCUCCCAGGUGGACCGCGGGGCCGGGGAGCUGCAGCGGGUGCUGGAGCCCUACGCGACCGAGCUGCGGGACCGGCUGCAGGACAACGCCCAGAGCAUCCAGGCCUCCCUCAGCCCCUACGCCGACCGGCUGCAGGAGCAGAUUGAUGGUGGCGUGGAGAGCCUGAAGGAGCGGCUGGUGCCCAUGGCCGAUGAGCUGAAGGCGCAGGUGGCGCAGAGCGUGGCGGAGCUGCGGCGCGGGCUCAGCCCCUACGCCCAGGAGGUGCAGGACGGGCUCAACCGGCAGCUGGAGAGCCUGACGGCGCAGAUGGAGCGGGCGGCCGAGGAGCUGCGCGCCCGCCUGGCCACCAGCUCCGAGGAGCUGCGUGCCCAGCUGAGCCCGCUGGCACGGGAGCUGCGGGAGGCGGCGAGCGGCGACGCCGAGAGCCUGAGGCAGCGCCUGGCCCCCCUGGCCCAGCAGCUGGACCAGCGCGUGGGGCAGACGCUGGAGGCCUUCCGGCAGCAGGCGGCUCCCUUCGGAGAGGCCUUCGGGAAGCAGCUGGUGCAGCAGCUGGAGGAGAUGCGCGGGAAGCUGGAGUCGGGUACCGCUGGAGUGGAGGAUCACCUGCAGCUGCUGGAGAAGGAGGUGCGGGAGAAGGUGUCCGCCUUCCUCAGCACCAUCCCUCCCCCUGAGAAUUGAGUCCCCCCUCCCGGUGCCACGGGGAGGUGACACGGGCUGGCCAGCCAUCCCCACAUUCCAAGCAUUCCCAGCCUCUGCCCGCAGCAGAAAUAAACCUUGUGAUGCA